UUCAGAAUCCUCGUCCGUGCCAUCAGUUACACGGUCCACGGAUUGAUUCCUGCCAGUUGCGUUUUUGCGGAUCGUUAUAAUCGAGAGGAGGUCGUUAGAUCGUUGGGUAAAGAAGUCAACAUAAAUCCGCCGCUCAUUCUUGGUCAGCUUCCGGAUACACCAGAAGAAUUGCUUAAACUCGACCAGGUCUUUAUUAAAUCUGAACUAAAAGUGGGAGUGAUCUACGUCAAAGAAGGCCAGUACACAGAAGAAGAAAUUCUAGACAAUAACGACAACUCCUUUCUGUUCGAAGAAUUCCUGCAGAUUGUAGGAGACAAGGUGCGAUUACGCGGCUUCGACAGAUACAAAGGUGGCUUGGACACUGUGCACGAUCUCACUGGACUUUAUUCGGUAUACACAAACUGGAGAAACAUCGAAAUUAUGUUUCACGUCAGUACGUUGUUACCCUACGAAAGACACGAUUCCCAGAAAUUGCAAAGGAAGAGACACAUCGGUAACGACAUUGUGUGCGUCGUUUUUCUUGAAGCUGAUAAUACAUCAUUUUCACCUGCUUGUAUCAAGAGCCACUUCUUGCACACCUUCAUUUUGGUUCGCACUUCGCCACGAAUCAAAAGAAAACCAACCCACUACGAGGUUUCAGUGGUAACCAGGGACGAAGUAGGAGCCUACAAGCCGUACCUUUGGGAACAAAGCGUUUUCGACAAAGGACCCAUGUUUAGGGAAUGGCUGCUCACCAAAAUCGUCAACGGAGAAAGAGCCAGCUAUUCCGCCCCCAAGUUCGCUCGUAUGCAGGAAAGAACAAGAUCUCAAAUGCUGGAGGACAUUGUUGCCAAUUUGCAGAAUCAUGCAGAAACAGGGCAAAUACCAAAACCUUACAGACGAGGCUCUUGGAGACCAAUAGGUCACAUGCGUCCCUCUUCACCGUUGUUAGAUAGUGUUCGUGAUCAGUUUGAAGAUUACGAUCAAAUCGCUAAAGACUUUACUAAAAUGUUCUUGAACAGUGAGUCUAACACUUUAACCAAUGCAAUGCUGUUUGAUGUAUCUUUUAUGGUCGGUCAGUCAAAACAGAAGAUCAAAUUGGUCGGUGUCAGAGCUAUACUAGGGGUUCGGAGCCGGGUCUUUCAAGAAAUGCUCUACGGAAUCCAAACUGGCUUCGGUUCACCUCAAGUCCCUGUAGCAGAGCUUCUUGCUAGACCCGUUCCUACUCUUCUCAGCCCUCAACAAGCUCGUCCCAAAAGCAGCAACUUCCUGCAAGUUCCAGAUAUAGAAUCCCCCCGACCAAAGAGCGUACCCAGUUCUCCAAUGGUUAAAAGGGCUUUUACGAGGUUAGGUACGAUCACCGCCGGUUGGGGAAGGUCUAUAAGAAAGCAUAACGCGCAAUCACUUUCAGCAGAAGACAAAAAGAAAUGGGCCAGCAGCCAAGAUUGUUCAAAUAAGGACGGUAAGGAUAAGGACGGAAAGGACAAACCUUCCCUGAGCCAGCUUCCUGUGCCAAGGUUAAGCGUUUGCGCAGAUGCUCAAAAGGUGGAUAGAGCGAAAUUGGCUCAAACCGAAUUUUCAAUAAUAGAAUUCGAUGCAGAUACCUUUAGGAUCCUCUUAGACUAUCUUCAUACGGGAUCAUGUCCUUUAACCUGUUCAACAAUACCUGGUCUUAUAUGCGCAGCUGAGCACUACGAUCUUCCUGAAUUACUGCAAGCAUGUUUUCACCAUGCCAAACAAUUUUUAAGGAUAGAAGUUGUGUGUUGUAUGUUGUGUUCAUUAGAAAAUUACUAUUGGAGGUAUACCUCGGCUUCAGAGCUGGUCAAUAUGAUAUUGGCUUUCGUGGAAACCAGGGCUACAGCUCUCUUUCAAACUACCGAGUUUUUGAACUUGAGCGAAUCCAUGGUGCAAAUGAUAAUGUGCAGGAAUUUGGAAGUAGCGGAAGUGUUAAAAUUUGAAGCGAUGCUUGCUUGGGCGAAGCACAAAAUUCGAACAAAGACUUCUAGUAAACUCGAUGCCAAGUUAGAAUUUAAGUGUAUAAUGGAACGAUUAGCUAGGGAUCUCAAAUUGUACCGAAUAACUCCACAGGAGCUAAUUAAGGUUGUGUUGCCGUCAAAGGCUAUCAAAAACGAGCGUAUUUUGGAAACGUUAAUGUUCCAAGCCAAUUCGGGCAUGUACAGGAUCCAGGAUUCCUACUUACAGGAAUGCACACAAAGACUGCAAAAACAAGACUCCCGAUUUUCAGAAAUGGAGUCAUUUGACUACAGCAACUAAGACUAAGAACAUUUAGUAUAGAAGACAAUCAUUUCAUGAAAAUCAUUGAAUUUAUUAUCAUUAUUUCUAUCAAAUGCAAAAAUUAUUGCUCAUACUCGUAUCAAUAGGAGCUGAGUAGCAACCGAUUCGUUUUUGUAGAUCCAUUAGAAUUUAGAACGAAUCGAUUCUAUUUGAAAUUGUCAUCCGAAAUCGUUAGGCAAUUUAUAAAAUGAAAUUGACCCGAUUCUUUCUCGAUUUAAAGAUUUCCUUAGUAGUUUUUUAACUAAUAUGUUUUGAAGAGUCAUUGAUGAUAAAUUGAUUUUUACAAAAAAAUCAAUACGAUCUGUAAUCUCAAUAAAAAACCGACUCAUAUAUCGAUAGAUUUAGGAUUUUCGAAUCGAUUCUAUUUACGAUCGAUUCCCGCUGAAAGGAAUUAACGCACGGAUUUGGAAUCAGUUCGACGUAAGAUUAUGGACAAAAUUCUGUGAUAACUAUUUAAUUUCAUUAGAAAGUAUAAUAUAUAGGUAUAUUGUAAUUAAAUAUUUUUUUAAAUAUUAAAUGGACAUUAUUUUAAUACUUUUCUUUCUAAAAUUUAAGUAUACAGUAUGGUGUCAAUGAAUUUCAAUAAAUCAGCGUCUUUAUAGAAAAAUCCUGUAAUACGGCGAUUUUUAUUUUACAAUAAAAAUCGACGGGGUUCAGGAUUUUUAUAUAACGUUGCAGAUUCGCGAAAUAAUGACUUUAUUCCAUUUAUUGUAACAUACUGCAUCCUAGUUUUAUUAUUAUUAGUAUUAAUAAUAGUAUAAAAAGAUAAUGCCAAUUAUGUCUGGAUUUUGAAAUAAAGUCUUGUUCUAUUAUACAAAGCUGUAAGUAUAUUAUUAAAUAGGUACUUAUUUAUGUUUUAAAGUUUUACAUUUUGUAAUCAAAGACAGAAAGAUAUCCAAUGUUGCUGCAGUUAUCCCGGAAAAUGAAAAAUAUUUUUACUAAUAAAGCCAUCAUGCAAAAUGUACUGAUGUACAAAAUACCUUUUAAUUUAUUUUUCAUAUGAUUUAAAAGUUCAUUUAAUUUCUAAAUGCUGACAUUUAUUUUCAAUCUAAAAUAUAAUUGGCGAUUUAUUUUAUCAAAAUAUUUAUUUAGAAUUUUUGCAUAUAUUUCCUGAGACACCAAAUAAUAGUAUUAAGAGUCAAUAACCACCAAAGGUUGUUUUUUUAUUAAAAUAAUUUUAUCUGUUUUUAAGAUAAAUAUUAUGUGAUAAAACGGUUGAAAAAGGUUUUGAAAUGAUUUUUAAAAUAAUUUUUGCAUUUGAUACGAAGC